UCAGACCCCAUCUUGUUCAGACUGACCUGGAAUCGAUAAUCAUACAGGGCUAAGUGCAGUAGAUGGACUACUGAAUUGCAGUGAGUCACAAUCCAAGAAUAUACAAAUAAUGUAUGAGAUUUUGCCUUGUUUUAUCUAUUGCCUGCAGUACCCAAUAUCUAGACAACCUAGACCGAAGAAGAAGAAAUAUAUCUUUGCUUACACACUCCCAUCUUGACAACUUCGCUCUUCCCGAGACUGUAAAUCUUUACUGUUACCAUCCCCAGCACUUUGCCUCAUCCUUUCCUCCAUAUCUUCCCGAUCCGCAGCUUGCAUCCUCUUCAUUGCCGCUUCUCCCAGUUCCGCAAAGGUUUUACCGCACAUGCACCAAGUCUUCAUAUUUGGCGGGGAGGAAAUGAUGGAGUCGAUAUUGUCGGUUGAACGAUGACAUUUUUCAUAGGUUGGUAAAGAAAGGGCGUCAGACAGACAGUGACACUAUAAAAAGUUGUUAUAAGCCCGUAAUGUUUUUCAUCCAAAUCAGAGAGGGCAAAUUGUGGCUUACGCUCGGCAGAUGGAUCGGCACUCGGACACUCAUCAUUCGAAGUUCUCCGGGUCCCUUGAUCCUCUCCCCCUUGACUGAUUCGCCAUGGAUAGAAUAGUAUAUCUUCAAUAACAACUCAUGUGUCACUCUUAUAGGUGUUAUCGUUCUAUCAUUGCCCACGAACCUCAUUAGCUUCUUGGUACGCAACAUCCAUCAGACACUUCAACUUACCCGUCAUGAGUUGAUGGCCGGAUUUUGUCAUGGUUCGGUAUCCUAGCUACGGCUCUUACACUCCAUCCGUGGUCCUGUCCAUCCAAACCCCCAUGUCCGCCGGCUAGAUAACCUCUCCAAAGAGAUUCGCACUCCGGCCCUGGGUAUUUUUCUCCCGCCUUGUGCUGGCGUCCGAUUUGAUAUAAGACGUGGUGCGUUGCAGCUUCGGGUAAAUGGGGAUGUUGGUUAGGAGUGCGUGGGGAAGUGAAAGUGUAUGUCUGAGAAAGGACGAGACGGAGGAGGAAAAUGGUAGUUGAUGGAGUAGGUGUGGGAAUGUUCAUUGAAAGAAGGAUGACGGAGGAAAUGGACAACUGGUGGAAGGAAAAAAGUCAGCCAGGGGCGGAUGGUACAUGUGAUGAUGAUUCAACUUACCGCUUCAGCAUUCGCAGAAAACCUCCAGCUCCCUAGUCCUUCGACGAACCCUUCUUUGCGGACGUCAAGGGGUAUCUCUCCACCAGUCAACGGAUCCACAGCGUGGACCAACAAUUCCCUCGAAGCACAAAGAUCACCCUUCAUCCAGUCAUCUUUAUCCGCCUUCCCGUGUCCUCUGCUUGCAGAUGAAGUAGACGAAAAGCUCCGUCGACCGCGGCCCUCUUCCUCUGAACUUAGAGAAAGCGUUGGGAUACUCGUCGAAGAAGAGGAUGAGAGAAUACUAGAUGAGUGUCGACGAGUGGUAUAUAAUCCUCCCAUAGGCGGCGAGUUACCACCAAUGGUGAUAGCACAUGUGCCGUCAUCCCCUCCUAGAGGAAAACUCCGCAUGGCUGGGACAUUAUCCCUACUCUCACUUCUCUCUCGGCGAGAAACAGAGGCACUGCGUGACCGGCUUUCAGCAGCCAACUUGUCCGACCGGCCGAUAACUCGUUCAAAGUCACCAACAUAGGGAAUGUCGGGGUCAAGGGUCGAAGGGGUGGAGACGGCUUUAAAGAUCGAAGAGAAGGAAGAUGUGUGAGCUAUACCUCGAACAGUGGCAGUGAUGAUGUAAGUUAGUCGCCCGAAAGGGUGAUAAUCACUAGUUGCUAGUGUUGCUGGUAGCAGGAUUGAGAAGCUGAACCUGUCCAGGUUAUGAAUCUCAGUCACUCUUUGUAUUGAUAGCGCAAGAAGAACUCUUAACUCACGACUGACGCCCUUUUUCUAACCAGAUACCGUCUUCGUUUUCCUCUCCCAACACUUCGACACCUCGCUCAAAAAUACCGUCUUCCUCCCAACCUCUUCCUUUACCCAUAUGUAACCUGCAUACACUUUGUACACCUACAGAGAUGGAACGGACUUUUUUCCGUUCUUUCAUCAUUACCUCGAGGGCCCCCGAGAGAACUGUAUCGUCACUUGGCGGCUCAUGUUCAGAGGACCCAGCUUCUAACGGGUGCAAGUCCAAAGGUCGAGGCGGUUUUACUAGACAUGUAGCCCUAUACAAGGUGACUCAGUCACAAUACUUGUUGUUCAUCAUUAAAAAAGCAACCGACCAGGCAGGGACAUGGAUCUUUAAUGUUCCAACGUUACUCCUCGGUUGUGGACUUGAGCUCCUUAAGUAGAUAGGUGGAGGAAUCCUUGGCCGCUCGUCCAGUACCAUAGGGUUCAGAGACGGUGAACGAUCUAGGGAGGAACGAGCAUAGGAAGGUGGUGGUCGGGGGGAAACACCACGCUCGCGAGAAGAUGAGGAGGAUGAGUUGCUUCUCAUGGCCAAAUCAGAUGUCCUUGGGAACAAGGCGGGCCAGCAGUGACGACGACUCCGUUGUCUCCGACGGAGCGCACUGCUAUAUGACUGUAACGGAAGAGUCUACGUGUUUACGGUCUUUGAAUAUGAUUCGAGUUAAAGUCGUACAAAUACAGUGGUAUAACAGGUUCAUGC